GGUCUGAGAGGCGGGGCUUGAGGCGCUCUUUUCGCGAGUCCGCACUCCGCAGAGUCUUGAGUGGAAAGUGUAGCACCAUGGCAUCUGUGUUGUCCUACGAAAGUCUGGUCCACGCCGUGGCCGGAGCCGUGGGAAGUGUGACGGCCAUGACAGUGUUCUUUCCCUUGGAUACGGCUAGACUUCGCCUUCAGGUUGAUGAGAAAAGAAAGUCAAAAACUUCGCACGCAGUGCUCCUGGAGAUAAUUAAGGAGGAAGGCCUCCUGGCACCAUACCGUGGGUGGUUUCCAGUUAUUUCCAGUCUCUGCUGCUCCAAUUUUGUCUAUUUCUACACUUUUAAUAGCCUCAAAGCAGUAUGGGUCAAAGGUCAACGUUCUUCCACAGGAAAAGAUCUGGUGGUUGGAUUUGUUGCAGGAGUGGUGAAUGUGUUGCUAACGACUCCGCUCUGGGUGGUGAACACCAGACUGAAGCUGCAAGGUGCAAAGUUUCGGAACGAAGACAUUAUACCAACUAACUACAAAGGCAUUAUCGAUGCAUUCCACCAGAUUAUUCGAGAUGAAGGGAUCUUGGCUCUGUGGAAUGGCACCUUUCCCUCCUUGCUGUUGGUCUUCAAUCCUGCCAUCCAAUUCAUGUUCUACGAAGGCUUAAAACGGCAGCUUUUAAAGAAGCGGACGAAGCUCUCUUCUCUGGAUGUGUUCAUCAUUGGAGCAAUAGCCAAAGCGAUUGCCACCACGGUCACCUAUCCCAUGCAGACGGUACAGUCGAUUCUGAGGUUUGGACGUCAUAGACUAAACCCAGAAAACAGGACACUGGGGAGUCUCCGGAAUGUUCUCUAUCUUCUUCACCAGCGAGUCAAGCGCUUUGGAAUAAUGGGACUCUACAAAGGCCUUGAGGCCAAGCUGCUGCAGACAGUGCUCACGGCUGCCCUCAUGUUCCUUGUGUACGAGAAACUGACAGCUGCCACCUUCGCCGUGAUGGGCCUGAAGAGCACACAGAAGCACUGAGCCCUGCCCACGGGACACGAGGCACACGCGCUGCACGGAGAGAAGAGGCGAGGAUCUCCUUGCGCUCUGGUUCCAUCCACACAGACAUUCCUGUCACUGGCUGGAAAGGCCUCAAAGGCUAACCAGGGAGGAUAGCCAGCUGAGCCUAUUGCCAACUCAGUGUAUGGUGUUUGGCUGGAUUUGGGGGUAGAGGGUAGACUAGUUUGAAAACCUGAAGGUGGAAGUUUGUGGGUGUUUAUUAGUUUUUCUCAAGGGGAAUGGACUUUCCGUCUAAAGCUUUUCUCAACUUUGCUGCUUGUUUUCUUUCCCAAAAUGCAUUCCCGGGUUCCAGACAAUUCAGUGACAUGAUUCUUCUCAGAUACUUCUGUGUGUCUUAAUCUUGGUAAAGAGUUCCCCACUGAAAAUAACGUCAUGACUAUGCCAGGGGCAUGACUUUAUUUCUGUUUGACUCUUUUCAUCCUGUUUAAAGAGAGCUGAGAGCUGAGUGAGCUAUUUAUCCUGUGGGGGAAAUGAAAAUUAUUAAUCCUAAAUGAUUUUUCUUAAAAUUUGCAAACAUUGGUUAUUCAUUAGUGUUUGACAUAGUUUUUGUUUAAAAUGCGUAUUUAUUUUGAAUUGUCUUUUAUUACAAAAAAAAAGCCUUGAUGUUCUAUGUCCAUUCAUACAAGCCCCAGUCAGACAAGCCUCAAUAAAUUGUCAGCACACACACGAAAA